CGAUUAAAAUUCUCUACAAAACUGACGAGAGAAAACAGAAUGCAACACACAUUGCAAAACAAAUGGAGUUGUUAUGCGCUCGAUAGUUAUCUAUGGGAUGAAUAUAAUGCCCCAAUAAUCAAAAUAUCAAAGUUGUCAUCAAUGGAUAUAAAUGAAUGUGGAGGCCGAGGAAUUUUGUCUGAUCAAAUAAUUGGAGCGUAUUCCAGUUUUUUGACAAUACCUACAACCCAUCGUUAUGUUACAACUAAAUGUGAUUUAACAAAAUUGAAUUUGAUAAACAUCGCUGCUCUUCGAAAAUAUCAUUAUCUACAAUAUAUAGAUCUAACGCACAACAAUUUAACAGAUCUAUCACCAUUAAGUGAAAUCCCUUAUCUUCUAUAUUUAAACGCAUCACACAACAACCUUGAAGACAUUUCGAAGUUCAGACCACCACGAUAUUUAACUUAUUUAAAUUUAUCACACAAUAAUGUUACAUCGAUGAAAAGUUUAGAAAGUUUCUGGAGUAUUAUCAGUUUAGAUCUUUCGCAUAACUUUAUUAAGAAAAUUCCAAAACUGCAUAAUCUUAGAUAUUUAAAAUAUUUAAAUCUCUCGUACAAUGCAAUUGAGUAUGUACAAAACUUGGAGUACUUGAAUAUUCAAGAAUUGAAUUUAGAGUUUAAUUGUGUGAAAAAAUUUAUAUUUACUGAUUUAGAUAAAAGAAAGAAUGCAUUCAUAAAUUUAAAAAUCUUAUUAAUUAGUCAUAAUAAUAUAUCAUCUUUGAAAUUUUUCCGAAACAUAUAUUGUUUACGUCUUGUUGAUUUGAAGUCCAACAAAAUAGUAGACUUAAUGGAAAUAUCUCAUUUAAGUAGUUUAGUCUAUGAAAUAGACUUGAGAGAUAAUCCGUGUACUAAGUGGCCAAACUACAAAGAAGUUGUUAUAUUUUCAAUGCCUAGUGUAAUUUUUAUUGAUAGGAUCGAAGUAACAGAUUCAGAAAGGGUUUCAGCAGCUAUUACAUUCAAUCCACCGAUAAAAUUAUUAGCAUCCCGUGGGCUUACUCAACUUACUUUAUUAGAGCAAUUGAAUGUACCGAAAAUUGAUAACAGUAUUAUUUCUUAUGACGAACAGAACCCACCUUUGAUAAUACUUAAUGGACCAUCGGCUGUAAAAAAAUUAGCAUUAGGUCUGCAUAUAUCAUCAGAAAAAUUUAAUAAAAUGAAAUACUGUCGUAGCCAUACAACAAGAAAAAUUUCUACUCAUGACAAUGAGAAGAAAGCCUAUCAUUUCGUUGACAGAGAAGAAUUCAAUAGUAUAGCUCGAAAUGGAGAGUUUUUAACAAUUGAAGAACUUGUAGGUGAUAGUUAUGGAUUCCAUAGAAAUGAAAUUGCUGAAUUAAAAAAAGAAAACAAAAUUGGCAUUACACAAAUGGAUUUGUUAGCAGCAAUACAAAUGAAAGUUCGAUAUCCACAAGUUAAACUAAUACUGGUCCUUACUAAAAAUGAGGAGAUUCAUCGACAAUGGAUUGAAGAUAAAUUUCGUAUUUUUGAAUGGAUUAAAGACAGUAUUGAAAAUUUAUGGGCGUUGACAGCUAACAAACAGAAACAUGUUAGCAAUGCAUAUUCGACAGCCAAUAAAAAUAAUAUCAUAUCGAGUCUUAUCGAUGACAUUAUUACUAGAAUCGAUAUACCUUCCCAUUCAAUGGACAUACAAUCUCACAAUUCAAAAAGCGUGAUACAGAAUGUAAUAUCCCAAAAUGAAUCAAUGUUACAAAAGUUAACGACAAUAUCAUAUAAAUUAUCAACAAAAAAAAAAUAUAUUACAAUUAUUAAUCCACAAUCUUUUCAAAAAAGUUUACAUCAAAGUUCAUCUACAGAUGACUUAUCAAAUUCGACCAAACGAAUCAGAAUGCCAAGUCAAGAAUAUUCUCAAAAAAAAGCUGGUAAAUUAUUAUCUGGAGAAAAAUUCAAGUCCAUUGAUAAUUCGUUCGAUAGAUCAUUACAAACCUAUGAUAAUAUCAAAGAUCCUAAGAACCUUAUGAAUGAAUAUGUUGAGAGUAUUAUAAAAUCAAGACAAAUAUAUCUUGACCAACAUUUAAAUAACCCAGGAUUUUAUUCAUUAGUGUUAUACUCAGAUGAUUUUGAUGGGGCUGUUAAAUCAUUGAAACAUUUUAUUAAUCGUCAAUUCAAGCAUUCUACAUUUAAGAAACCACGUCAAAGACCUGAAACUGAUCACACAAAAUAUUUUACUACUAGUACAAUAGAUGAAAUAAUUAACGAAUUAAGAAGAACGAAGAAAUCCAUAAAUAAUUAAUAUUUUAAUUUCGGAAAAAUAAUAUAAAGUAUAAAUUUUAUAAAGUAGACAAAUCUCGACAUCUCGAAAACUAAGCUACUUACAACAAAGAUUUAAAUGGUGAAAAGAAAAAUUUACAAGUGGAAAACACAUUGCGCGACUAUCAAUUGCCAUCCAGUCCUCAGACUAGCUAACAGAACACUUUGUUUUUUUUCUGCGUCGAAAAAAAAAAACAGAUCUCCAGAAUUGUUCUCCUAUACUCGUAUAAAAAUACUUUUUCGUAAUCACGUAAGUAUUCAGAGUUAACGUAAUUAUUGCUUUUUCGAUCGUACAUGGUUAUUUAUUUUUAAUUCUUAUCGAAUUUUUAUAACUUAUCUUUUACUUUGUUGCCUCACAUAGGGCUAGUUCAGUAAGGCGCGCUAAAUGUAAUAAAUGUGUACAAAAUGUUAGUCUAAUCUAUAUGUUUGUAUCAAUUGUGAUAGUGACAAAAAUAGUGACACGGACGAUAAUCCGACGACAAAUGAUCCGUGACAAAACAUCCGCAACAUUUAAUCCGUGGAUAAUUGAUCUGCCGAUAAUUUAUCCUUACACUAAUUGAUCCAAAUGACAAUUAUGGUGUAUAAGAUUACCAUUAACUCUUUCAAAUAUUUUAAUUCCGAAAAUUUUCUAAUAAGUAAUAGUCUGAUUUGGAUACGUAUCAUCGUCUGAUUUUCUUUGAAAUGGUACAGUAUUAUUGCAAGUGCAUGGGUUUAUAUAUUUUAUAUGUCCACGCAAACAAAACCCCUGAAAGAAAAUCACCGUACUAUUUCAAGCGUAUAGGUUUAUAUAUUUAAGUUUAUAUAUUCAAGAAAUUUUGUCGAUUGUUGAUUUACAUGUAUGAGGUAUCUUUGGAUGAAUUGUCUUAAGGAUUAUUUGUCCGUGGAUAUAAUGUCGUGUGGAUCGAAUGUCUCGCGGAUCCAAUGUCAUCGGAUCAAAUGUCGCAGAUCAUAUGUCUUUGGAUCAAUUGUUACGUAACCGACAGAAAUGAUUAAUAAUUUAAGAUUGCAAUGUUCGAUCAUACUCAAAAAAUAAAGAUGAGUUACUAUAGAAUUAUAAA